AUGACCUCAGUAGAGUCGGGGGCCGGGCGUCGGUCACCUCCCAUUCGACUUUCCAUGGGCAGUUUACCAAUCGCUAGAACUGACUCCAAUUCUGCACUUUGUUGUGGCGUUCCGAGCUCACCCGGCCACGGCUUGCCUGUUACAAUAACUUCCGACCACUACCUUCCACCCGUUGUCCCGCACACGUUUCGCUAUCGG